CUACAUGCGCUUGGGUGAACUCUCAGUACACUUACCUCUCAACUUAAAAUCUCUCUCCCUCUCUCUCUCUCUAAAUCUCAAUCUCUCUCUAGAAUCUCUUCACCUUCUCUCUAAUUUAUGCCGUUGACAGAGUCUGCUUUUUAGGGCUUUGUUCUCCUCUUGUUAUUCGUGAAGUCUCAGAAUAGUCCAGCUCUGUUUUAUAGCAGUAGCUUCUCUAUAAUUUAGGAUUAGGUAAUGGAUUCACUCGAACAAGAUGGAAAUAGAGAAGCAGAUGCUUUGCCGCCUCCCCCACCUGUUCCAGAAAAUGUUGUCCCAGUGCGAGCUGAACCAGAGCAUGCUCCCGAACCAGUUAAGAAAAAGGUGCAGCGCAUACCAAUGGCAAGACGUGGCUUGGGAUCUAAGGGACAAAAGAUACCACUCCUAACUAAUCACUUUAAAGUGAAUGUAACAAAUGUUGAGGGACACUUCUACCACUACAGUGUUGCCCUUUCUUAUGAAGAUGGCCGUCCAGUUGAUGGCAAGGGUAUUGGGAGAAGAGUGAUUGAUAGGGUUCAUGAGACUUACGACACAGAAUUAGCGGGGAAAGACUUUGCUUAUGAUGGGGAGAAGAGCUUGUUCACAGUUGGUCCUCUACCUCGCAACAAACUUGAGUUUGAUAUUGUGCUUGAGGAAGUUACAUCGAAUAGAAAUAAUGGGAAUUGUAGCCCUGCUGGUCAUGGAAGUCCAAAUGAUAAUGACCGGAAGAGAUUAAGACGCCCUUACCAAUCUAAAAGUUUUAAAGUGGAGAUAAGUUUUGCUGCCAAGAUUCCUAUGCAAGCCAUUGCGAAUGCAUUACGUGGUCAGGAAUCGGAGAACUCUCAAGAAGCAUUAAGAGUGUUGGAUAUUAUUUUGAGGCAGCAUGCAUCGAAACAGGGUUGCCUCCUUGUUCGUCAGUCAUUCUUCCAUAAUGAUCCGAAGAAUUUCGCAGAUGUCGGAGGUGGUGUUCUCGGAUGUAGAGGAUUCCAUUCAAGUUUUCGAACUAGCCAGGGUGGCUUAUCUCUGAACAUUGAUGUUUCUACCACAAUGAUAAUCCAGCCUGGGCCUGUGGUGGACUUCCUGAUUGCCAACCAGAAUGUGAAAGAUCCCUUUACGAUUGACUGGGCAAAGGCCAAACGUACGCUAAAGAACUUGAGGGUGAAGACUAGUCCUGCCAAUUCUGAAUUUAAAAUAAGUGGAUUAAGUGAUAAGCCUUGCAGGGAGCAGACAUUUUCACUGAAGCAAAAAGGCGUAAAGGAUGAGAAUGGCGAAGUUCAAAUGAUUGAAGUGACUGUUUAUGAUUAUUUUGUUAAUUAUCGCCAUAUAGAGUUACGCUAUUCUGCUGAUCUACCAUGCAUUAAUGUUGGGAAGCCAAAACGUCCAACUUACUUUCCUCUUGAGCUUUGUUCCUUGGUGUCCUUGCAACGUUAUACGAAAGCACUGUCUACUUUUCAACGAGCUUCACUGGUGGAGAAGUCAAGACAAAAACCACAAGAGAGGAUGAGAGUAUUAAGUGAUGCUCUGAAAAUUAACAAUUAUGGUGCUGAGCCUAUGCUACGUUCAUGUGGCAUUUCGAUCAGCACUAACUUCACUCAGGUCGAAGGCCGUGUUCUCCCAGCCCCAAGGUUGAAAGCGGGAAAUGGAGAAGACUUUUUUCCUCGAAAUGGACGGUGGAAUUUUAACAAUAAGAAAUUUGUGGAUCCAACAAAGAUAGAACGUUGGGCUGUUGUGAAUUUUUCUGCUCGUUGUGAUAUACGUGGUCUUAUCAGAGAUUUGACUAGACUUGCAGAAACAAAAGGAAUUCAAAUUGAUGCUCCGUUUGAUGUAUUUGAAGAGAAUCCACAAUAUAGAAGGGCCCCGCCCCUUGUUCGAGUGGAAAAGAUGUUCGAAGAUAUACAAUCUAAACUUCCUGGAGCUCCUCAGUUCCUUGUCUGUCUACUUCCUGAGAGGAAAAACUCGGAUCUCUAUGGUCCAUGGAAACGAAAAAAUCUUGCUGAAUUUGGAAUUGUUACUCAGUGCAUGGCUCCUACAAGAGUCAACGAUCAAUAUCUUACAAAUGUUCUCCUUAAGAUCAAUGCAAAGCUUGGUGGGUUGAAUUCUCUGUUAGCUGUUGAACAUUCACCUUCUAUUCCUGUUGUAUCCAAGUCUCCUACCAUAAUUCUUGGAAUGGAUGUUUCACAUGGUUCUCCUGGCCACUCUGAUAUACCAUCAAUUGCUGCGGUUGUCAGUUCCAGGCACUGGCCGCUGAUUUCCCGUUAUAGGGCCUCAGUACGCACACAGUCUCCAAAGGUUGAAAUGAUAGAUUCUCUAUUUAAACCAGUUUCUGACAAAGAUGAUGAUGGCAUUAUCAGGGAGCUUUUGCUGGAUUUCUAUGUGAGUUCAGGGAAAAGAAAACCUGAUCAAGUUAUCAUAUUCAGGGAUGGAGUAAGUGAAUCACAGUUCAACCAAGUUUUGAAUAUUGAACUUGAUCAGAUUAUUGAGGCCUGCAAGAUGCUCGAUGAGAAAUGGUCUCCCAAGUUUGUGGUGAUAGUUGCACAGAAGAAUCACCAUACAAAGUUUUUCCAGCCAGGAUCUCCUGAUAAUGUUCCACCAGGGACGAUAAUUGACAACAAAAUUUGUCAUCCACGAAACAAUGAUUUUUAUUUGUGCGCCCAUGCUGGAAUGAUUAAUAAACAAAAAGGAAAGGAAAGCAAAGAGUCAAAGUCGUCCAAAAAGAGAAAGAAUAGAAAGAGAAAGAGAGCUUUUGAGAGGAAAGCCAUAGAGUCGCACAAAAAGAAAAAGAGAACUUUUGAGACGAACGUGAACUUGCAGACGACGAUGAAGCCCUACAAGACCAACACUACUACCUACAGAAGAAGCAAGGGAACCACAAGACCUACACAUUACCAUGUUCUGUUUGAUGAGAUUGGGUUUUCUGCUGAUGAUCUUCAGGAACUUGUACAUUCUCUGUCGUAUGUCUACCAGCGAAGCACCACUGCCAUUUCUGUAGUUGCUCCAAUAUGCUACGCUCAUUUGGCAGCCACUCAAGUGGGGACGUUCAUGAAGUUUGAAGACACAUCCGAGACAUCCUCAAGCCAGGGUGGGCUUACAGCUCCUGGGGCUGUUCCCGUUCCUCAGUUGCCCAGAUUGCAGGAGAAUGUAUGCAAUUCGAUGUUCUUUUGUUGAAGCUAUAAGCUUCUUAUUAUCUGCUUAUGUAGGAUGACAACUUGGAUACUGGUCUGUAUAUAGUAUCUGGCUUUUGGUGUGAUCUUCCACAGCGGAGACUGUCAUACCAUUCAGCUAGUUGAAUCAUGACGUUAGGGUUUUAGAUUCGGUGCCUCCUCGUGUGUGAAGUUUGGUCCCAACAUUGCCAUUCCUAUGAUUUGCACCUACCUAGAUGUUUCCUGUUAUGUAUCAUUAGCUGGAUGUAGAUUGUGAAUGGCUAAAAAGUUUGCUGAUGUCUUUAAUGGUCUGCUUGAAAUGGAUGUGUGGAGUAGCAAUCAAAGACUUGGUUCUAUGUUGGGUGUCUUGUACCUUUGAAGAAUGUGGAAAAUGUUUUAAAUUAA